UGUUGGUCGACAUCUCCUGCUUCAGUGGCAAAGUAAAGCUCACCACGCUUUCCACGAUAUCGCAAAUUACCGAUAUCGCGGUACCGGUACGGGAUGACGACCGUACAGCUGCGGCGGCGGUGUUCGCAGUGAACGAUAAUCAGUUCACUGAAGCGUAUAUUGCCAAGGUUAUCAUUUGCAAUGCCACAACAACGAAGAAGAAGCGCUAAAUGGCGUCGUUCUGCUGGAGUGGGUGUUUCAACAGCGUCAGCCCGUCGGAAUUCAACCGGGCCAUGCGAGACACCAACUACAGCGUGCCCGAAGACAUUCUGAACGCCCUUCAGCAACAUGCACGUACUCACGGCGACCACCUGGCCACGUGCUACGGCCAACGGAAGCGAACCUACGCCGAACUGGACGACAUGUCCAACAAGCUCGCCGACGCCAUGCUCAUGCCUCCGAACUUCCUUCCCCCUUCCGACGUGGCCGUGUGCGUCUCGUCCGUGGACGACACCAUCUUGUGCGGCCUCGCGACGCUUAAGCUGGGCGCCUGCUGCAUCCCGCUCAGCCCCACCUGGUUCCACAUUGGUACAGUCAUCGACGAGGUUCCGCCGACGUGCAUCGUCGUGGACGAGAGCAGCGCCUCGUUCUUCAAACAGGGUCUCGCGUCGGAACCCCUCGUGAUCAACCUAGAGCAAGCCCUGAAUCAUCCGAAUCAAGACAGCAGGGCUUAUCAGCCGUCGUUCAAGGCACAGAGGCCCAUGUUCCAUUUGCUCAGCGAUACUGGAGAACGAACGGGUCUUACGACGUUCUGUUGCAUGAGUAGAGUUCGGUGGGAGGUGGAGAAGUACCCGUUUAAAGACGACGAGAUCGUGGCUACGUUGUGCGACUUUGACUCGUCCAAUUUCUGGAUGGAUGUCAUCGGAGCCUUUUACGUGGGUGCCACCGUGGCGAUACCCACUAAGGAAGACAAGAGGGGGAUUCCUAGUGUGAUAUCCUUUGCCGUGGAGAGCAGAGUGACGCGGCUGCUGGUUAACCCCGACAAGUUAGCGAAGAUGAUCAGAUACCGCAGGGUGGAGCCGGAGUUGUUUCGGAAACUUUCCCUCCGACUGGUGAAGUGCGUGAGCGGCAUACUGCCGGUACGCCUGGCCGAGACGUGUCGCGCCGCUUUGCCAAGAGCGGACUUGGUCUUUCUGUACGACCACUACGCCCUGUCAUGCUACUACGACUGUAGCAGCGAACCGUUGCUCCAGCACGAGAUUCCGGAAGGCGCAUUCGUACCGUUGGGCAAGCCCGUCGGACACUGCAAAGUGUACAUCAAAGACGCGGCUCAUAACAACUGUCCCACGGGCACUGUUGGACAGAUAUUUUUAGGCGAAUGCGACGGCAAAGCCCCAUUCUAUACGGGAGACACGGGGUUUCUUGACGAGAGAGGCUGCCUCUACUUCGUGUCCCGUACGAGUCCCGUAAUAAGCGGCAAGAAAACCGAUAUGACUGUACUGGCUCGCUGUAUCUGCGAAGUCCCCGGCAUAGACGAGGUCAUCAUCUGCUGGGAGAAGUUCACGAGAAGCGAGACCACACUCCUGGCUUUCUACUGGAGCGAUACCGGAGUCCCCUGGGGUGACGUCCUGAGGCAUCUCGUGAAGAAGGUGCCUUCCCGCUGGGUGCCUAAACUGUUCCCGAUGGGCGGACACCAGCCUCCGGGAUUCGCGAGUGACAAACAUUACCAUUCGCAAAAGUCGCUCCUAAAGGAGUACUCCGAGGCCAUGCAAAAGUUGGAAGCCUGUGCCGUGUCCAGUCAUCAUCAAGGCGCGCAGGUCUUGUUUUUCCUGGCUCGCCUUCUAGACAAGUCCGUGUCCUGGUUGGACAUGUCCACGCCCUUCACGGCCCAGGGGGCUACGCAGGAAACGUGUUCGAAGGCGGCAACCCUAGUAUCUAGCCUCGGUCUGUACGUGAACGAGCAGGACAUCCAGAGACUCCCUUUGUCCGCGGUAGUUCCGUCUGUGGUAAAGACUUUGUAUAGCAAGAAGGCUGGCGUCUUGAGGACCUGUGUGGUGGACAAACAGACGUCUUUCGAGGAAGUGUCUACGUUGUUGUCCGAGUGUUUUGUUGCUAAGAAUAGGCUGGACCUAGCUGUGGGAAACACGCGGGACCAGCACGUGAACGCGCUACGGCAGAUGUGGCCAGAGUUCAUGACCAACGGCGCGUGUAGGGUGGUGGUCGACGAGACUGGAAAGGUGGUGGGAGUGUGUCUGUGCGGCGAUUUCUUCAGCGAAGCUGUGGUGGAAGGCAUGUCAGACACCUACGCAGCCAUCAUAGAGCUUCACGAAGAGUUGGAACGUCCAGCGAGGGCCCGAUUCCGCGGUGUGGGACGAGCCCUCAUGUGCUUCAUGGUAGGAACAGCCAUGCAUCUGGACCAUGCAACCAAUACCUCCCUCGUGUAUCUUCUCAUGUCACACAUGCUGCAAGAUGCGAGGGAACAUGGCUACGCUGUCAUGUUCAGCGCGAAUUCUCACAUCAUUACCGCGGUCCUGACUGAGAACUACUUGGACUUCGAUAUCCUGGACUGGACCGAUCCAGCACAAUUCAGUUUCAAGGGCAAAAUACCGUUCCAGAAUAUCCAAGCCGGCACGCGGGCCAUACUUGCUUACCGUUUCGUCUGAAACGAUGGCUGUUAACGCUGCUCAAAGAUAUAUAUCGCCGUUGUCCUUAUCGUCGCGGUAUCGCUGGCAGACGCUGUGCAUUAAUAAAAGCUGUUGUGUCGAUGUGAUAUGCAAGAAAAAGAGGUAUGGGAGAGGGUCUUGCCUUUUUGCUUCAAUAAAUUUUGUUAGGGGAGAUAUCUUCAUGGGAUCUCUCUCUCCUGACGUUAUUGUUGCAUU